AUGCUUUGUAACAUAAUUCGUUCAUCUGAUGUUCGUCCCGGUGAUCAUUUAUAUCGAUAUCGAUGGCUUGAAGUACAACAAGGUGUUGCCGUUCAAUUUCCAAAAUUAUCAGCUAUCUUCGUUAUUACGUAUUAUAAAAAUACACUUACACUAGUUACUCUAAAAGAAUUUAAAGAAAAAAGUUUUUUACGACGUGUAACCUAUAAACAAGACAACAAUAAUUGUACAAAGAAAACGGAUUUUACCCAUCGUCGACCACCUGAAGAAAUAGUUCAAAAUGCUUUUCUUCUUCUCAAUUGGAUUACAACUUCACCUGAUCGUGUCAAAUCACUUCUUGCUAAUGAUCUAUCUCAAUUUGCUCGUAAAUGCUGUACAACAGUUCAUGAACAAUGGCAUAGUAUUUUUCAUCCAAAUCAAGAACAUACAUCUCAAAAAAAUCAUUUUUUUGAUACAAAACAAAUAUCUCGUAAUAAUAAUGCAUUCAAUGCUGCACUUGUGUGUGGAAUACCUUUUCGUCAAGCUUCAAAGAUUGGAACUGAUGAAUUUUGGACUGAUAAAUAUGAAAAUAAACAUUGUUCAUCACAAACUACAAGAAAUGAUGAUGAAGAACAACUAUUAUUAUUUCCAGAAGAUACUUCAAAUGAGCCUAUGGUGUUUUCUUCUACAUUAAAUGAACUUUCAUCCGAUGACGAACUUUUGUCAAAUUUUGUAUUGUGA